AUGGGGUUGGAAUGGAAUCCGGGAAUGCAGCUGGCCUGCGCCAUGUGGGCAUUGACGGCCAUGUCCCUGGCUCUGGUAGCCUUGCGGCUGUACACGCGGAUCCGCAUCAUCAAGUUCGUCGGCGCCGAGGACCACAUGUACGCGUGGACGGGCCUGUUCCUGCUCCUCUUCACCUGUUUCAUCCAGGUCGGCGUCCACCACGGCCUGGGCCGCAGCUUCUGGAGCCUGGGGCUCGACGACUCGAGCGACGCCAUCUUUUGGACCUACGUCGCAAACACCUUUGCCAUCACGGGCAACGCCAUGGCCAAGCUCUCCAUGGGGCUGUUCCUGCUGCGCGUCGUGCAGAUAACCUGGCAGCGCGUCGCCCUCUGGGCCCUCAUCGCCAUCACCGCCGGCACCUCGAUCGCCCUCACCGUCAUGUUGUGGAACCAGACUACGCCUGUCAAGGCGAGCUGGGACCCGCUGCGGACGCCGGGCACUUGGAACAUACAGAUCCAGCCCAUGAGCGUCGGCCUUGGAGCUUGGUCGAGCGUCUGUGAUUUUUUCUUUGCCAUAUUCCCUUGGCUCUUCAUCUGGUCCUUGCGCAUGCCGCAGAGGGAGAAGCUAAUGCUUGCUGGAGGCAUGAGUUUGGGUGUCGUCGCCGGGGUUUGCGGCAUCGUCAGGACGGUGGUCCUCUCCAGACUCGACGUAUUCGACUACACCUUGAAUUUUGUCCCAUAUUUCGGCUGGGCCGGCGCCGAGAUCGCAGUCGCCAUGUUCUGCAUCGGCAUCCCAACCUUACGACCGCUGUACAUGAAGAAGCGACACGGCGUGACGCACGAAACCGUCAGCAACGGGAACGGAAGCGGCCAGCCCGCAACCGGACAGAGCGACGACAGGCUGCCGCGCUUCACCAUGAUGCAAGCCAAGCAAGAAAAGGGCGGCUUGGGCAACACCGCCCACCCUUCCACAAUACCAACAACCUCAACAACAUGCUCCUCUGAGCACGACCUAGAGGCCAACAACUCCGCCCUCGACGACAGCAGGGUCCUGGCCGCAGCCGCGGCCGCCAUGUCGAAGCCGAUAGACCUGGAGAGCCGCGCCGCCUCGCCGGCGGGGAGGGACCACCACCAUCACAGCGCGCCCCUCAGCCCGACGACGCUGCAGGCCAUGAGGCUCGCGGCGUUUACACGCUUCCCCGACGCCGUCGGCCACAUGCAGGCGCCGCCCGCGAGGCCCAUGGCGGCGCACGUGCGGAGCGCAUCCAACAACGCAGCGUACGGCCACACCAGGCGGCACGACGACGACGUUAUCAUCGGUGCGCCCGUCGCCAGGCCGGCGACCUCGCACACCCGCAGCUACAACGGCAGCGUCGCGAGCAGCCACACCAGCCACGACAGGCUGCGGCGCGACGACAGCGUCGAUCUGAUCCUGGGCCUUUAUGACCACAACCAGAGGACCCAUGGCGCGAGGCCGCCGAACGGGACUCCCGGCGACGGCAGGGGCAUCUGGAUCACCAACGAGGUGCAUAUCGGGAGGGAGGAUAAUAUCAACUGGCCGCUGAGGAGUUGA